AUCUACAGGAAACACCACGAGCUCAGAAAAGUACCAACACAAACCCUAGAUUUUUUUUUCUCUUCUUCUUUAUCUAACAAGAAGGGGUUUUUCAGCACAGAAAACCCUUCAUUUCGCUUGCGCUCGCUUCUCAUUACCCGAUCUCCUCUGGAAAUUUUAGAUAGUUAAAUAACUGGCCAAAUAUCUUCAUUUUCUGUAACCCUAAAAUUAUCCCCCAAAUAUUUUUAUCAUUCAAGAAAGAAAGAAAUCUCACCUGGCCUUUCAUUACUACUAAUGAUACUACUACUUUUAUCAUCCCUUUACUCCAUGAAGCCAUUUCUGAUGGCACAAAUUCUAUCAAUAUUCUCACAUUGCAACUCAUUGUGGCCUUCCCCUUUCCGAAUUUCUCCAAUUUCUUCUACCUUCUGUACUUCCUUCACAGUUGCCCUGCAAGCUUAACGUUAUUUAAUAUAUAAGAAGAAGAAGAUGCCGAGAGAGAAGUCAAGUGCUCUAGGAGAUGGUAAGCCAGUUGAAUCUGAAAAGCCUGAAGAGCAGGUGGACCUUGAUGAUCCUGAGGAAGAGGAGGAAGAGAUAGAGUAUGAGGAAGUUGAGGAAGAAGUUGAAGAAGAGGUUGAAGAGGAAGAGGUAGAAGAAGAGGAAGUGGAUGAAGACGAGGAAGAGGACGCUGAUGCUCGUGAAGGCCGUGGUACUGAUCGAGAGAUGAAAGAUGCCUUAGAUGAUGAUGAGAGCAAGAAACAUGCUGAGCUCCUUGCCCUUCCCCCUAAUGGCGCUGAGGUAUAUGUUGGCGGCAUCCCUUUAGAAGCUUCCGAAGAGGAUGUAAGGAGAUUUUGUGAGACAGUUGGAGACGUCCACGAGGUAAGGAUGAUGAAAGGAAAAGAUCCUCGCGAGAGUAGGGUCUAUGCAUUUGUGACCUACAAAAAUAAAGAUUUGGCUGUGAAAGCCAUAAAGGAACUUAAUAAUUCGAAGUUGAAGGAUAAAGCAGUUAAGUGUUCGACUUCUCAAGCAAAGCACCGCUUAUUCGUUGGUAAUAUUCCUAGAAGCUGGGGGGAGGACGAUAUUAGGAAGGCUGUGACAGAGGUUGGUCCUGGGGUGGAACAUGUGGAACUGCGAAAGGACCCAUACAACUCCAGCCGCAACCGUGGAUUUGCAUUUGUUGAGUAUUAUAACAAUGCUUGUGCUGAGUAUGCGAGGGAGAAGAUGUCGAGGCCUAAAUUUAAGCUUGACAAAAAUGCUCCAACUGUCAAGUGGGCAGACCCUAAGCAUUCGGAUACUUCGUCUUCCUCUCAGAUAAAGGCAGUAUAUAUUAAGAAUUUGCCGAAAAACGUAACUGAGGAUCAAGUAAGGGACGCAUUUGAACAUCACGGUGAGAUCACAAAGGUAGUGUUGCCUCCUGCAAAGCCUGGCCAGGAAAAGAACAGAUUUGGUUUUGUGCAUUAUGCGGAGAGGUCAAGUGCGAUGGCAGCAAUCAAGGACACCGAAAAAUAUGAAAUAGCUGGUCAAAGUUUGGAGUGUUCUCUUGCGAAGACACAGGGAGAUGGGAAGCCUGUUUCACGACCAACACCCCAGAAAUCAGCUGUACUUCCAACUCAUCCUCCUCCAAUGGGAUAUGGGAUGAUUGGUGGUGCUUAUGGUGCUGUGGGUGGUGCAUAUGGUGCUGUUGGUGGUGCUUAUGGUGCCCCACCAGGACUUGCUCAGCCUCCCCUGAUCUAUGGCAGAGGACCUACUCCUGCUGGAAUGGCAAUGUUUCCCAUGCUUUUACCUGAUGGCCGGGUUGGAUAUGUUCUGCAGCAGCCUCCGGUGCAACCAAUCACUCCUCCUCCACAACCGAGGAGUGGAAGGAGUGACAAUGAACGUGGAUCCCAUGGAUCCAGGUAUGACAGCAGUGACAGAUAUGGUAGUGGUGACAGAUAUGGCAGUAGUGACAGAUAUGGCAGCAAUGACAGGAGUCGUGGGUCUAGCGGAGGUAGGCAUAACAGUGGUGAUAAUGACCGCGACCGUGAACGUAACCGUGACCGUAGGUAUCGCCCAUAUUGAUAGAUCACCUAUCCCUUUAAAUACAACCAGAGGAGAGUAGUGUCGUGUGGUAACCUCUGUAGUUAUCAGCAAUGAGUAAUUCAUAUCUAUUUAUCACCAUUAACACUAGCUUUGUAACCUCUGUAGUGGACAUGUAGUCUUAAAUAGUUCUAAAUUGUUUUCUUGGAGAGGUUCUAAAUUAACUAAAUCUUUAGGUUAUCACAUUAACUUCACCAACGUUAUGUUGUCGGCAUUAAUGUAUCUGUUUUAUAUCUCGAACUUUAGACUGAAUAUUAGAAUUUAAAUUUACAA